UCUAAUUUUGUUUUCUAAUUCGCGCUUUUGGAUUUCUGUUUGUCGGUAUAUCACUUUAAGUAGACGUCGGCUUCUUGCUACAUCUUGCGUUCUAAUUUUGCUUUCUAAUUGCCGCUUUUGAAUUUCUGUUUGCCGGUAUCUUGCGAUUAUAUGUUCUUUUGUUGUUGGGUGUUUUUGUUUUUGUUUUUUUUUUUUUAGUUUAGGUAUCUAUAAUUGCUGCUAUGUGCUUAUUUGAUGUCUGGAGUUUUGUCUUGCAAGCGUCCCUUAUCUAGACGUUUAGCUGGUAUUUUUACCUCCUGAGAUACCGUCUUUGCCUAUUUUGCCUGCUUAUGAUGAUAUUGGUGAUUGCAAUUUUGUUUGUGUUUCGUGUUCUGCUCUGUUCUGGUUUGAUGAAAGGGUUAAGUAUUUAUCACGUCCACAGUGUCCUGCUUAUAUAGCCGUUGUUGUAGGUCUGGCUCUGUAGUCUUGCCGUAUUCGCUUGCACCUCCUCAGUUGUUAGCGACUCUUUAUGAUUUCCCCCCUUUUAUAAAAAAUAUUAGGGGUUAUAAUAAUAUCUUCAGUAUGACCUCUUUUGGAGGUAAAGUUGAUGAGGAUGUUAAUAAAACGGCUGGUCCUUAUGUGUUCAAGGUUUCUGGUCAGGUUUGUCAUUGGAUAGGUGCCUUUGAUAUACCUGAUGAAAAAGGACCUAGAUUUUUAUAGCUUUAUAUUGUAUAUACAGAACAUGAAUUACAGAAUAGGUUGUCUGCAGUUGAAAGGAAAGACGCUCAGUCUUUAGAUCCAAUGAUUGUUGAAACUCUUAUGGGUGUUUUCAAUAUUCAUAAUGAGUAUGUAAGGACUUUUAAGACUGCGAAAGACCUUGCUGUUGAAAACAGUUUGGUUGACUAUGCGGUUUGUUUGUUUAAUAAUGUCCCUGACCGUUUAUAUGGACCUCCAGCUCAUGGUACUUUGGGUUGUACUGUUGUUGGUGAAGACGCAAUAGGCAGUACAUACGACAUAGUUAUACAUUCCAGGAGUGGUGUUCCACGCAGGAUUAGCAAACUUCAUCCUAGCUAUAUGGCUUUGCAGUAUCCUGUCCUUUUUCCGUAUGGUGAAACAGGUUGGUCUCCGCGUUUAAAACUUCAUGAUGAGAGAAGCAGUAAGUAUCUGGUGGAUACAUAUGCAUGCAUUGAAUUGUCAAGGCUUGAUUUCUGUGAACACAAUCAGAGCCAACUCAGAUCAGCGUAUGUUAGUGGCAUUUAUGAUGCACUUUCACGUGGUGAUACUGAAAGUCGUUCUGUUGGUAAGCGUGUUUUUUUGCCUCCAUCUUUUGUUGGUGGUCCAAGAUACAUGUACAGUCACUAUCAGGAUGCUCUUUCUAUCUGCCGGGAAUACGGGAAUCCACAGUACUUUAUAACUUUUACGUGCAAUGUUGGAUGGCCAGAAAUCACACGUUAUAUGAAUUCCCAUCAUCAAACUGAUGUUGGUAGUAGAGCUGAUAUAAUUUCACGGGUAUUUCAUAUGAAAGUCACUGCAUUCAUUGCAUAUCUGAAAUCUGAUAAGACUUUUGGCCCUGUUUCAGCAUAUCUGUAUACCAUUGAAUUUCAAAAGAGAGGGUUGCCUCAUUGUCAUAUACUUAUAUGGGUUGAAGACUCACAUAAGAUAAAAGAUCCUUCAAAAGUUGAUGAUUACAUUACUGCCGAGUUGCCUGAUCCUGUUUCAGAGCCACUGUUAUAUGAAAUUGUUACCAGGUGUAUGGUCCACGGACCAUGUGGUUUGCUGAAUUCUAAGGCGCCCUGUAUGAAGGAUGGAAACUACAAGAAAAAAUUUCCUAAGUCGUUUGUCUCUACUACGUUUUUUGAUAAGGACGGCUACGCUCAUUAUAAAAGAAAUUCAAGUUCACUUCAUAUGUUGCAGAGUGGUAUACAGAUAAAUAACAGAUACAUAGUUCCGUAUAAUAAGAGGUUGUCCAGUCGUUUCAACGCACAUAUUAAUGUUGAGUAUUGCGGGUGGAAUAUGAUGAUUAAGUACCUGUUCAAGUAUGUAUCAAAGGGAAUGGAACGGGUCAGAUUUGUUGUUCAGAAAGAUACUCAAUGUGCUGAUACGUCUGUCUAUGGACAAUGUAUAGUUGUUGACGAGAAAGAUACUCAAUGUGCUGAUACGUCUGUUAGGUUGGUUUGA